AUGCAAGCUGCGAGCAACGAAAUAGCUUCCGAAUCUUCCUUCAACGAUGAGGAAAGCGAAGAUGAAUUGAUUAUGAGUGACUUCGACGCUAGUUUCGAGAAACUUGGCCGCGGAUUUCCUAAUUUUAAUUUUGGUUCCAUAUGGAGUGGGAAGGGUGUAGAUAAUUCUAUAACCUCGGUUGUAGAACCCGAUUACGGACAUUGGAGCAGAAGGUUCCAGAUGAACACCUUCCUUAAUGACCUGCAAAAAGGCCUCAGCUUUUCCAACGCACUGAAUAGAUUGCAGACUAUCAAGGCCAUCACUGAACAGGCCAUAAGCAACACUAUGAAGAGCAAGGGCGGCGAUUCGAGGGAAUAUGACACCGGCGCCUUAAAGCAGGAAGAGCCAGCUGGGCUCAUACCAGCAGUCAAACCACAGAAUGCACCUGCUUAUAAUGACAUGGUGAUUCCCCAAGACAAAGACCCGUAUAUGCUAGAAGAAGACCUUCUCCGACUGACAGAACUUCCGGAGGAUCAGAAUAGCAAUCAAGAAGCGCUGCGACAGCGGAUUCAACAAAUCCAAAGUCUAGAAGUGAUACCCGCGAAAAAAGCCUUCAUGGUACAAAGGCUCAUGAUGGGCAAGCAUGUGGAAGAUACAAGCCGACUGCCGACUCCGCAGCCUCAACAGCAGUUGCGAGAUCCACUGCCCACGGAGUUGGAAAAAACACCGACACACCACGACUCGGGUAAUUUCGGUUGUCAGCAUUACCAGAGGAAUUGCAAGUUACAAUGUCACCAGUGUCUAGGAUGGUACACGUGCAGAUUCUGUCAUGACGAGUCGCCAGAGACAAUUGAAGGCGCUAUUCCUCACUCGUUUCAGCGCGCUAAAACUGAGCAUAUUAUAUGCAUGAGAUGCCAGCACAUUCAAAAACCUCAAAAGUACUGCGAAAGUUGUGACGAAGAGCUAGCGUUAUAUUACUGCAAUGAAUGCAAGCUGUUUGACAAUGACGAGACCAAAGAUAUCUAUCAUUGCGAUAAAUGUGGAAUUUGUAGGCUUGGGUUGGGAUUGGGCAUUGACUUCUUUCAUUGCGAUGGGUGCCAAGCUUGUCUGUCGAUUGAAUUACAGGGGAAUCACAACUGCAUCGAAAGAGCAACCAUGUCAAGCUGUCCAAUUUGCGGGGAUUUCAUGUUCACUUCAGUAAAACCGGUCGUGUACAUGUCACCUUGCGGCCAUGCUAUACAUCAGCAUUGUUUUGAUGAGUAUACUAAUCACUCCUACAAGUGCCCUUCGUGCCAGGUCUCCAUUCUGAAUAUGGAAGCACAGUUCAGGGUCCUAGAUAAGGAAAUUGAAGAGCAACCGCUACCGACUCCCUAUUGUGACUGGAUAUGUUACGUGUCUUGUAAUGAUUGCAAAGCUAAGAGCACUUGCAGGUAUCAUAUUCUCGGGCUUCGAUGCGGGAAUUGCAUAAGUUACAACACCACCCAGAUAAGGCUAGUGAAGCCCGAGGAGGAACCAGCUGUCCAAGAUACGACAGAGGAUGACUUGGCCGAUGCCAAUGCCCUGGAGAAUCUUAACGUCAUGCGCCAGGAGUUAUUACAGGGUCACUUCCAGCGUGAAGAGGUGUCCCCGCUAAUCACUAUGGAACAUAGCGGCAUGCUUUCCAACAUCGAGCAAUAUAUGAAUGAAUAUUUCCAGGACGGGCCCGAGGACGGUGCAAAGUCUAGGAAACGAGAGUUCUUGGAUUAUAGCUCGCAGAACUUAUUCAAUACAGCGGGCUUCUUCAAGACAAACAACAAGCGUGGCGGCGCUCAUGAAAAUGAAAAUGUAUAUGAGAAGCACCGUCAGGAGCGGGCCCAAGCGCCCAAUGGCCAGUCAACUCCAGACCUUCCUCCCGGGACCAGCAACGUGGAUAACGAAGGAAGGGGAGCUGACUGCACCAUUUCAACUGCUAGCUCCAGCAUGGCAAGAGCUCCGUCUUUGACAGACAGACUUCGACAAUUUAUCAAUGAUGCACCCCCACAGUUGUCAAUUUCCGACGCAUUUCAGAAAUUUAUUCAAGGAAGCCACCAGGGACUGUCAUCCGGAGAUGAAGAUGACGGUACUUCAGUCAACGAUUCACCAGGUGCCAGCGCAGAGAACUGA